UGCUCUGUGUUGUUGCCGGAAGUGAGGAAAGGAGGUUUGUGAUGGCGGCUGCGACUCUAUCCCAGAGAGGGCCGGUGGGCGGCGCGGAGGAGGAGCAGCCCGUCGCGGCGGCCGAGGAGCUGGCCGCCCAGAAGCGCGAGCAGAGACUGCGCAAAUUCCGGGAGCUGCACCUGAAACGGAAUGAAGCUCGUAAAUUAAAUCACCAGGAAGUUGUUGAAGAAGAUAAAAGACUUAAGUUACCUGCCAAUUGGGAAGCCAAAAAAGCUCGUUUGGAAUGGGAACUACAGGAAGAAGAAAAGAAAAAGGAAUGUGCAGCAAGGGGAGAGGACUAUGAGAAAGUGAAGUUGCUAGAGAUCAGCGCAGAAGAUGCAGAAAGAUGGGAGAGGAAAAAGAAGAGGAAAAACCCCGAUCUGGGAUUUUCAGAUUAUGCUGCUGCCCAGCUACGUCAGUAUCAUCGGCUGACCAAGCAGAUCAAACCUGACAUGGAAACGUAUGAGAGACUGAGAGAAAAGCAUGGAGAAGAGUUUUUCCCAACAUCCAACAGUCUUCUUCAUGGAACACAUGUGCCUUCCACAGAGGAAAUUGACAGGAUGGUCACAGAUCUGGAAAAGCAAAUUGAAAAACGAGACAAAUACAGCCGGAGACGUCCCUAUAAUGAUGAUGCAGACAUUGACUACAUUAAUGAAAGGAAUGCCAAAUUCAACAAGAAGGCAGAAAGGUUCUAUGGGAAAUAUACAGCUGAAAUUAAACAGAAUUUGGAAAGAGGAACAGCUGUCUAAUCCCUUCAGGAACUGUUUUUAGAAGCUUGAGAAUGGAGUGAAAAUGUCUUCUAGCAAAUUGAAGUUCUCUUCGAAGUUAUACCAGUAAACCAGAACUCAGUCUAUACCUGCCUGAUCAACAUUUAACAAUAAAUAUUUUUUCUUAAGCGUAUACUUUCAUGUAUAUUUCCACGUUUAUGUGCUUGGAUAUAAGAUAUAUUUCAUGUAGUGUAUUUGUUUUGUAAAAAUCUACUUUGUAUGAAUUCUAAUUAUAUUAUUUUUCUAUGUAUUUUAAA